GUCCUAUACCGUAGUGUUGUGAUGGUCCUAUACCAUAGUGUUGUGAUGAUGCAUUCCAAACGGUAAACAUAUGUCCCUUUAUUGUGGAUUACUGGAUAAUAACAUGUAUUUUGGUAGACGUACAGUAUCAAAAGGGCAGUGGCCAAUGGCACGUGGGUGAAUAAUGUGCAGGGCUAGGACAUUUGCAUUGAUGAAUCAGGGGUUUUAUCUGUAUGGACAGGAUCAAGAACUUGGCAGCAUCGCAAUGGCACCAAAUCCCUGUUCAUUAAAAUAACAAAACCUCUGAUCCGGCAACCUUUGAUUGAGGUUUAUAAAAGAGGCGCGUGUCCCUCUGUCCUGGAUAUUACAUUGAGGAAGAGUGCUCUAACAACUGUGCAGACAUGAGUAAGAUCACUUUCUACGAGGAUAAAAACUUCCAGGGUCGCUCCUAUGAGUGCGACACGGACUGCCCCGAUGUGCACCCCCAUUUCAGCCGCUGCAACUCUGUCAAGGUAGAUAGCGGCUGCUGGGUGCUGUACGAGAGGCCCAACUAUGCAGGCUACCAGUAUGUACUGACCAGGGGAGAGUACCCAGAGUAUCAGCGCUGGAUGGGCUACAACGACACUGUUCGCUCCUGCCGUACCUUCUCUUAUGUGAGUAGCCGGGAGGCCAGCGGCAGUCCCUACCGCAUGAGAAUCUACGAGAGGCCAGACUUCCAGGGACAGAUGAUGGAGUUCGGUGAGGACUGUGACUCUGUCCAGGACCGCUUCCGCAGCCGUGACAUCUACUCCGCCAACGUCAUGGAUGGCUACUGGACCCUCUACGAGCACCCCAACUACAGGGGGCGCCAGUACUUUAUGAGGCCCGGCGAGUACAGGAAGUUCAGUGACUGGGGCGCCACCUGCGCCACCACUGGCUCCUUCCGUAGGAUCACCGACUUUUAGGCCCAACAUCUUCUCCACUCUGACCAGUCAAUAAAACUAUUGUUUAAAUUAAACUUGCUGUUGAUAUUUCCAUUUCACUGUUUCUGAUUAACUGAUUGAUUUAAUUGGUGACCUUUAUGAUAUUUGGGGUCUAUGUUUGUGCCUUUAACUUAAAUGGAGGACAAAUCUCAAUACAUUGAGCAAGAGGCAAAUGUUAUACAGUAUCCUGCAAGUAGGCAUAAAUAUAAUGUAAUAUACUGCAAAUAGGCCUACAUAAGAGGAUGUAAAUAUAUAUUUGAAAUACACCUUAAGAAUGUACCUGAAUGGGCUGUUUAAUGGUGUUUCUCUGUGUUGCACAUUUAACA